AUGGCGACAGUGUCCGAGGUUGCGACGCUUCCUGCAGAGCUCAAGUCCACCUUGGCUCUGGGUCACGAUAUUGACAAAAAGGAAGGAUACAAUGAGAAGCAGGAUGUUGAAAGCGUAGGAGCAGGGCAGGUAUCUAGCAACGAUGAACCGCCCACGUAUACCGACGAGGAGUACAAGAAGCUUAAGAGAAAGAUUGAUAGAUAUUUGCUGCCCUUGAUGUGGCUCUGCUAUGGUAUCCAACAAACCGACAAGACAUCUCUCGGCACGCAGGCCACGUUUGGACUUCGAGAUGACACCGGACUCGUUGGCCAGCAAUAUGCCUGGCUCACCACCAUCUUUUACAUUACUUACAUGUGCUUCGAGUUCCCCUCCAAUAUCAUUCUGCAGCGCUACAAGAUGGGGCGGACGCUUUCCAUUUACAUGCUCUGCUGGGGCGUCGUGGUUCUCUGCAUUGGCUUUGCCAAGAACUUUACCCAGCUCAUUACUCUGCGCGCUCUCCAGGGCAUGUUUGAGUGCUGCAUCAGCCCCGGCUUCAUUCUGGUCGUGGGCAGCUGGUACACGACGCGCGAGCAUGCAUCGCGCGCCUUGGUCUUCCAGAGCGCCAACGCCGGGUUCGGCAUCAUCUCCAGCCUGGUCCUCUACGGCAUCGGCACGGUCGAGUUCCGCGAUCCCGAGUCCGAGUCGUGGCGGUACAUGUCUUACUUUUUGGGCAGCCUGACCAUCAUCGUCGGCGUCCUCUGUCUGUUCCUGCUCGGCACGCCCUCCGAGGUUCGCUGGCUGUCGGAAGAGGAGAGGAAAAUGGCCAAUGCUCGGAUUCUGAGCAACAACACGGGACAUGAUCGCACCGGCAUCAGAAAGUGGCAGUGGAAGCAAGCCCGCGAAUGUCUAGUCGACCCGUGCUUCUGGUUUGCUGGAGUCAAUGCUUUUCUCAGCUCGGUUCCCAAUGGAGGGCUUACCACGUUUGGAUCCAUUAUCAACACGACAUUUGGCUUUACCAACCUGCAGGUCAUUUUGCUCGACAUUCCCCGAAGCACCUUUUCCGUGCUCUGGUUUGUGUUUAUUGGUGUCAUGACGAGCCGCAAAAAGGACCUUCGCAUGUGGUUCAUGAUGUUUUCGACGCUUCCGCCUUUUUGCGGAUUUCUCAUGAUGGCCCUGCUACCCAACGAGGCACAUUACAAGUGGGUGAAAUGGGGUGGCUAUUUUAUGACUGUCCCGUUUGUCGUAUCCCUCUUCUUGGCCUGGACGUUGAUCCCGUCCAACACUGCCGGACGAACCAAGCGAACGCUGACCUCAUCCUUUACGUUUGUCGGGUACUGUGUGGGCAACAUGACGGGAAGCCAAAUCUUCAAGUCGCAAGAUGCCCCAAGGUAUAUUUCGGGCACCACUGCUUGCGCCGUGUGUUUUGGUCUCGAAUUUCUUCUCAUUGCUAGUUGGCGCACACUGUAUGUUGUCAGAAACAAGCGUCGCGACCGCAAGCUACAAGAAGAAGGUAUCUCGGAGGAGGAAAGAGUCAAGAGAGGACAGGUUUUGGGAGAGCAGGAUUGUACUGAUUUUGAAAAUCCCUACUUUCGCUACACAAUGUAG